AUGGGAAUCGGGAGGUGGGUUGCUUUACUUUAUCUGACUUCAACGGAUGAGUACUCUUCUGCUGGUUCAAAACCUUACAAUUCCUUAGCAGCUUAUGGAGCGUUUACUAGGCCAAUGCCAUCUGGGAAUGAGAUUAGGCUGCGAAUGCUUAUAGGUGGAGCAGUGAGAGAGGCUACUAUGCUUGAUUAUCAUAUUACGCCUCUUUUCUCAUGA